GGUGAUCGCUGGAAGGUCUGAUUGAUUCCACGGAUCUCUCCUUUCUUAUUAAGGAAACAAAUACACUCUGCUAAUUACUAUACUUCAUUGACUCUUCUCAGGUCAGAAAGCGCACUUCCGACUUCCUGUCCUUCCGUCGCUGAGAGGACGCUGGUAUCUGCCAAAAGCACAUACUUGGAAGUACAUCCCGGCACAAACACACACACACGCACACACACGUGCACACACACAUACACACACACACACACACACACACACGGUUUCAUAGGUAAAGAUUUCUUCCCUGACAUUGUUUUACCUAAAAUAAGGCAACUGCGCGGCCACUGUCCCAACCCGGUUACAUUCAUAUUACAUGUGUCUAUCAGCCUGAGGAGUAAUUUGAUUCAGGUGUUCUAGAAGUCAUGAUGUGGGCUGUCUGUGGAAUUCCCGCCGAUGCAAGGGGACACACCCUGUGACUCAUUCCUUAAUUGAGUGCUGAUAUUUGAUUGGUUUAUCGCGCACCUGAUGGGUGGGUGGGGUGUUGGCGGUUGGUGGGGGUGAGUUAUAUAAGGGCUGAUGCGGCCAGAGAGCUCGUCAUUUGAAGACUCUCUCGGAAGAGAUAGCGUCUUUCUGCAACCUGCGGUCCCAGCAGAAAAACCUUGUGAUCCUUGUUCCAGGCGACAUGGAGGACGACUCACUCUACUUGGGAGGUGAGUGGCAGUUCAACCACUUUUCGAAACUCACAUCUUCUCGGCCAGAUGCCGCUUUUGCUGAAAUCCAGCGGACUUCUCUCUCUGAGAAGUCACCACUCUCAUCUGAGACCCGUGUCGACCUCUGUGAUGAUUUGGCUCCUGUGGCAAGACAGCUUGCUCCCAGAGAGAAGCUUCCUCUGAGUAGCAGGAGACCUGCUGCGGUGGGGGCUGGGCUCCAGAAUAUGGGAAAUACCUGCUACGUGAACGCUUCCCUGCAGUGCCUGACAUACACACCACCCCUUGCCAACUACAUGCUGUCCCGGGAGCACUCUCAAACGUGUCAUCGUCACAAGGGCUGCAUGCUCUGUACUAUGCAAGCUCACGUCACACGGGCCCUCUACCGUCCUGGCCAUGUCAUCCAGCCCUCACAGGCAUUGGCUGCGGGCUUCCAUAGAGGCAAGCAAGAAGAUGCCCACGAAUUUCUCAUGUUCGCUGUGGAUGCCAUGAAAAAGGCAUGCCUUCCCGGGCACAAGCAGGUAGAUCAUCACUCCAACGACACCACCCUCAUCCACCAAAUAUUUGGAGGCUACUGGAGAUCUCAAAUCAAGUGUCUCCACUGCCACGGCAUUUCAGACACCUUUGACCCUUACCUGGACAUCGCCCUGGAUAUCCAGGCAGCUCAGAGUGUCAAGCAAGCUUUGGAACAGUUGGUGAAGCCCGAAGAACUCAAUGGAGAGAAUGCCUAUCAGUGUGGUCUUUGUCUCCAGAAGGCGCCUGCCUCCAAGACGUUAACUUUACACACUUCUGCCAAGGUCCUCAUUCUUGUAUUGAAGAGAUUCUCCGAUGUCACAGGCAACAAACUUGCCAAGAAUGUGCAAUAUCCUGAGUGCCUUGACAUGCAGCCAUACAUGUCUCAGCAGAACACAGGACCUCUUGUCUAUGUCCUCUAUGCUGUGCUGGUCCACGCUGGGUGGAGUUGUCACAGCGGACAUUACUUGUCUUAUGUCAAAGCUCAAGAAGGCCAGUGGUAUAAAAUGGAUGAUGCCGAGGUCACUGCCUCUGGCAUCACCUCUGUCCUGAGUCAACAGGCCUAUGUCCUCUUUUACAUCCAGAAGAGUGAAUGGGAAAGACACAGUGAGAGUGUGUCAAGAGGCAGGGAAACAAGAGCCCUUGGCGCUGAAGACACAGACAGGCGAGCAACGCAAGGAGAGCUCAAGAGAGACCACCCCUGCCUCCAGGUACCCGAGUUGGACGAGCACUUGGUGGAAAGAGCCACUCAGGAAAGCACCUUAGACCACUGGAAAUUCCUCCAAGAGCAAAACAAAACGAAGCCUGAGUUCAACGUCAGAAAAGUCGAAGGUACCCUGCCUCCCAACGUACUUGUGAUUCAUCAAUCAAAAUACAAGUGUGGGAUGAAAAACCAUCAUCCUGAACAGCAAAGCUCCCUGCUGAACCCCUCUUCCACGACCCCGACAGAUCAGGAGUCCAUGAACACUGGCACACUCGCUUCUCUGCAAGGGAGGACCAGGAGAUCCAAAGGGAAGAACAAACACAGCAAGAGGGCUCUGCUUGUGUGCCAGUGAUCUCAGUGGAAGUGCCGACCCACACGUAGGGGUGCACACACACACACACACACACACACACACACAAGCGCGCACAGAAACACACACACACCCACACAAACACGAACACCGUCAAUCCUACGUAAAGUAAUGAGGAGCCCAAGUUUCUGUCUCUACAACAGGGACAACUGCAUAGUGAUGGCUGCGUCUCAGGAUGAGCCCACACAUGGGAAACAUCAAGUUUCGGGGUCGUGAGUCUUCCGAACCUCUGGAGGGACUGUCUGUGUGUUUGCGUUCGUGGUAGAUGACAUUCAGUGUGUAUUUCUGAACAUGACCUCCUGACGUGUAGGUUUGCGUGUGAGGUUAUUGCAGGGGACAGGGUUUACUAUUUUCUCUUGGGGUGUGUUUCAUUCGUCAGUUGGUGGUCGGCAAGAGAAGGUGAAAUUUUUCUCAUGUGGGACAUCCGUGGAUCAUUCUCGCCACCUUGAAUAGUGGAAACUGGAAUUCAGUUGGAAGAUGGGAACGGUGCUCUUCUUUCUUACCCUGGCUCACCCAUUUUAUUUUGGUUUCUGAAUGGACCUCGGGUGCCCUGGGACUUGUGCUCUUGCUGGAACCCACAUAACGCCGGAAGCAGACAGACCGACUUGCCUGUUUCACGGUGUCCACUUCCAAUGAGUCGAAACGGAAAAUUUUCCCACUGGCACGGAAGUCAUUUGGAACUAAGUCGUAUUGAUACUAAAGGAAAUCAAACACCGGAGUGUGUGUAUUCAACUAAAAUACAUUCAGAAAGGCUUGAAAUAAAUCUCAUUUGGUGUGUUUACAAAUGGCAUUUGGGGAGAUUCCGGGUCAUUCGUCCAGCUGCGAAAGCUGCAUCUCUGAAGCACAGUCCCUGUCCUGCAAUCAGACUUAUUUAUCCGACGUGGUGUUUCUGUGGAAAUUAUUGUGGGAAAUGGCCCCUUCCUUUUCUGUAUUUGCUGAAUAGAUUUCAUGGUCCCUUUCUUGGUAGGUGCAGUGAUCAAAGUUGACCAAC